AGUGACACAAAUGAUGGGGCACUAUUCCUCCCACUGACACCAAUAACACUUGCUGACCCCUCUUCCAUCUCCAAACUGCAGCUGGGGGGCCAGAUGCAGCCCUUUGCUUGCCUUUAUCCGUCCCUUGAGGCACUUUUCCUUGCACUGAUGCAAGGUACUAUUCCUCCCACUGACACCAAUCAUGUGGCAUAAUUCCUGUUACUGACAUCAACAAGGUGGUACUAUUUUUCCCAAUUGACACCAAUGAAG